AUGAGAAAGGACUUAAUUGAUGAAGAAUUGUCUAGAGAGAAACAAGAAAAGGAUUACUUGGAUGACGUUUCGCUUGAAAUUGAAUUGAUUGAUGAAGACGAUAAGGUCAGCUACAAAGUCGGUGACUUAUUUUUAUCAUUAAAACAAUCUGAAGUUACAGAAUUGUUGGAAAAAGAUAUCGAAGCUAUUGAUGCAAAAAUUGAAGAGUUAGAAAGUAAAGAGUCGGAAAUAUCAUCUAGAAUCAAAGACUUGAAAUCUUUACUGUAUGCUAAAUUUGGUGAUAACAUUAAUUUAGAACGUUAA